GCCGGGCAUCGAUCGGCGCCCUCUGCCGAUCGUCGCAGAGGGGCGGCCGCGAGCAAAUCGCUGGUCGGCCCUCGCGGGGCCGGGCGGCGGGUCGUCUGCGACGCAGCCGUCCCUCGCGCGGUGGAUGGGCGCGGGGGGCGGUGCGCCGCGGGCGGUGCUGCUGGUCGGUGUCGCGAUCGUCUUGGCGGGCUGCGUCGCGGGCAGGCUUGACCCCGCAGGAGCAAUUUCUUUUGAAGGACUGGGGCAACAUAGGCAGCUGCAACAAGAUGGGCUCAUCGCGGGUGGAGAGCCUGCCCCCUGUGGCCGCUACCCAUAUAUGGUGUCGCUGCGCGACUCCGCUGACGUCCACAGGUGCGGCGGCAUCCUGAUAGAUCGGCGCUGGGUACUGACUGCUGCACACUGCAUCGACCCCAGAGACAAGGACUCACUGGGACUAAAUCCAGUGACUGUCAUCGGUGACUGCAACCUUCGAGACACAAAAACCAAGAACGAGAAUGGAGUGAUCAAGACCGUCCGUCCUGAGAGGGCAUUCAUCCAUGAGGGUUACACUGGCAGUCUGGAUGAUGGGAAUGACAUCGCCCUGCUAAGAUUAAGAAAAGUCGACAGACCCAAGCAGACACCAGUUGCCAUGCCCUCUCGAGACUGGAAGCUGGAAGGCGGUGUAAACCUUGUGGCCCUUGGCUGGGGGGAUGGGAAAAUAGCGGAACUGCAACAAGCCCCCAACCUUCGUUUCAUUGAGAACAAAUUCUGCAAUGACCCUGAUUUGUGGGAUGGCAUCGUCAGCGCUUCGAUGAUGUGCGCAUUUUCUUCUGGGCAAGAUGUCUGCAAAGGUGACAGUGGCGGCCCCCUGCUGGAGGGACACUCCCCUAGCGGCAACGUCUCAGCGGGCUCCGCCUCAGCGGACAUCCUAGUGGGCAUCACUUCCUUUGGCGAGCUCACAGAUGAGAUGGGCCAGCCCGUGGAGUGUGGCAGCUCUGCAAAGCCCAGCGUGUUCGCCAAAGUGAGCAGCUUCCUGGAUUGGAUCGAUGCCAAGAUGAAGAUCAAGGACCCAGAUCCCAUGGCAGAGCCAUCACCCACAGAAGAGCCGUCAGAGCCUUCGGAGCCGGCCCUGCCCCCCGUCAAAGUGCCGCAGCCUCCACCGCCCGAGCCGGUGCCAGAACCAGUGCCUCCAUCGCCUGAGCCAGCACCACCAUCACCUGCACCUGUGCCUUCAUCGCCUGCACCAGUCGCUCCUUCACCUGAACCGGUGCCUCGAUCUCCGGAACUCAUGCCCCCAUCACCCCAACCAGUGCCUCCCUCACCUGAACCGGUGCCACCAUCACCCACACUGGCGGUUCCGUCGCCCGCACCCAUGCCUCCAUCGCCUGCCCCGGAGCCUGCAUCGCCUCCAGAGCUCAGCCAGGAGGAGCUUGACGUG